AUGAGCAGAAGGUGGUACGACGGAAUCCAAUUGGAGGAGCUUAAGAGGGACCAACCUGCUUUCAAAUACGUGGAAGACAAAAUGAAAAACACCAUCGUGCACAAAGAAGUGACAGGUUACCAAAUUCAAAAAAUUUACCGCCUCAACAACAAAUACACAUGGUCGCAUUACAAGAAUCGAAGAGCGGCAAUUUCCGAAGAAAUGGGAGGACGUCACGUGGAGGAAAAGAGGCUUUUCCACGGCUCACCAAAGGCCGACACCAUUGCUAAAGAAGGAUUUGACCGCGGAUUUGCCAAGGAUUCGUGCAUGUUUGGGAGCGGGGUGUACUUCGCGGAGCACUCCUCAAAAAGCAACAACUUCGCGUUCGGCAACCACCAGCCUUGCCCGACGCACAACAACAAAAAGUGUAGCAUUUGCGUGCGCAGCGUCCUCCUCUGCAAGGUUGCCCUGGGCCGGAUUUAUGAGACGACCCUGUCAACCGUAUCGGCGCUGCCUGCAGGUUACCACUCGGUCAAAGCCAAUCCUGGACUUCUUCUCCUGUUCCCUGAGUACAUCAUUUACGAUGAUAAACAGGUUUACCCUAGAUUCUUGAUCGAGUAUACAACUGACUACGCUUCUGACGGACCUUCGUGCACUAUUGUUUGAUUUUUUAUAUGAUAAAUCAAAUCCGAAAAUAUUAUUUGAUCUGCC